ACGGGCUGGGGAGAUUCUCGCGAGAGCUGUCAGCAGCCCCGCCAGACACAAACAGAACCCGCGGGAGCCUCGGAUUCCGGGGACGCUCCUCCCCGGAGGAUAAAGAGAUCCCCGUUCUCUCCCCCGGUAUAUUCCAGCGAAGCCCGAGGGCGGGGCCCGAUGGCCGGGGCCGCGCCGCCCUGGAGCCGGCUGGACAAACAGCAGGACCGGGACGUGCGCGAGCUGAUCCGGCGCGUGAGCGGCCUCCAGGACGAGGCGGACAGCAACUUCCAGCUGGCCCUGCACUUCGCCUGGAGCAAUUUCAGAUUUCAUCGUUUCCUAGAUGUAAGCAGUCAUAAAAUAGAGAGGACAAUAGAGGGAAUUUAUGAAAAGCUCAUCAUUCAUUCAGAUCUCAGCAAAGCUGCCAGUUGGAAGAAAUUAACUCAAGAGUUUCUACAUGCAUCACUUCCAAGUACUAAGGAAGCAAAGACAGAUACACAUUAUGCAAUAUUGUCACUCCUUCUGUGUCUUUCUGAUUCUCCUUCAAACACCAAUUAUGUGGAAAAGCCAAGAGAAAAAGAAGUGGAAAAGAAAGAAGAAUUUGACUGGGGAAAAUACUUGAUGGAAGGUGAAGAAAUUGAAUUGGGUCCAGAUGCAGAUACACCAAAUUGGUCUGAAGAAAGUGAAGAUGAUGAUGAUGAUGAUCAGCAACCUCUUAGUAGAGAAGACUCUGGGAUUCAGGUGGAUAGAACACCAUUAGAAGAACAAGAUCAAAAUAAGAAAAUAGUACCUCAAGUCAGUUGGAAAGCUUGUGAACCAGAUGCACGAAGUUGGUUGGAGCAACACGUUGUCCUUCAGUAUUGGACGGCCAGACCCUCACGUUUCUCUCAUAGUUUGCAUUUACACUCUAAUUUAUCUUCUGUGUGGGAUCAACACUUGUACAGUAGUGAUCCAUUGUAUGUACCAGAUGACAGAACCUUUGUUACUGAAACACAGGUUAUACGAGAAACACUUUGGUUACUUUCAGGGGUAAAAAAGCUUUUCAUAUUUCAGUUGAAUGAUGGGAAAGUUACUGUGAGAAAUAACAUUGUAGUAACUCACUUGACACAUAACUGUUUAAGAUCGGUGCUGGAGCAAAUAGCAGCAUAUGGCCAAGUUGUGUUUAGACUACAGAAGUUUAUUGAUGAAGUAAUGGGUCACAGCUCAGAAAGUAUGUUACAUGGAAAUAUUUCCACACCCAAGAAAUCUACUGAACCUCCAUUUAGAACCUACCAAGCUUUUAUGUGGGCCUUGUAUAAAUAUUUCAUUAGUUUCAAAGAAGAACUUAGUGAGAUUGAGAAGUGUGUCAUUAAUAAAGAUACAACAGUUACUCUUUCAAUAGUGGUAGACAAAUUAUCACCUCGACUGGUACAACUCAAGGUUCUUCACAAAGUUUUUAGCACUGGAGUGGCAGAAGUGCCACCUGAUACUCGAAAUGUUGUUCGAGCUUCUCACCUCCUUAACACACUUUACAAAGCCAUUCUGGAAUAUGACAAUGUUGGUGAAGCCUCUGAACAAACGGUCUCCCUCCUUUUUUCUCUUUGGGUUGAGACCGUAAGGCCAUACCUGCAGACUGUGGAUGAAUGGAUAGUACACGGUAAACUAUUUGAUCCUGCAAAAGAAUUCAUCAUUCAAAGAAACAAAAAUGUUCCAGUCAAUCACAGAGACUUUUGGUAUGCGACCUACACGCUAUAUAGUGUAUCUGAAAAGACAGAGAAUGAGGAGAAAAUGAGCGAUAAUGCUAGUGCCAGUUCUGGCAGUGACCAGGCUCCCUCAAGCAGGCAGCACACCAUGGUGUCCUUCCUCAAACCUGUCUUAAAGCACAUUAUAAUGGCCGGGAAAUCUAUGCAGUUACUGAAGAACCUGCAGUGCUCAGACAGUUCCCCAUACCAAGCUGCUUCAAGAGAUGCAGAAAGAAAAAGCUUGUACACCCUGUUUCUUGAGUCUGUGCAGUCCCGACUUCGGCAUGGGGAAGAUUCCUGGUCGGAUGUCAUCACUGAAGAACAGGCUACAAAGGAGAGCUUGAUUAAGAUGCAGUCUAUAGCAGAAAGACACCUGGAGCUGGAUGACGUUCAUGAUCCCUUGCUGGCCAUUAACUUUGCAAGGUUAUAUUUGGAGCAGAGUGAUUUUCAUGAAAAGUUCACUUGUGGUGAUAUUUGUAUGGAUAGAUCAUCUGAAUCCGUGACAUGCCAGACUUUUGAACUAACCUUGAGAUCCUGCCUUUACCCUCAUAUUGAUAAGCAAUAUCUGAAAUGCUGUGGAAAUCUAAUGCACACUUUAAAGAAAGAUUACAAGUUGGUUGAGUAUCUACAGGCCAUGAGAAAUUUUUUUCUACUUGAAGCUGGAGACACAAUGUAUGACUUUUACACAUCAAUUUUUGAUAAAAUAAGAGAAAAGGAAACCUGGCAGAAUGUUUCCUUUCUUAAUGUUCAACUCCAGGAAGCAGUUGGACAACGUUAUACAGAAGACAGUUCACGCUUAUCAAUAUCUUUUGAAAAUGUUGACCCAACUAAGAAGAAACUCCCUGUUCAUAUCUUGGAUGGCCUAACAUUGAGUUACAAGGUUCCCUGGCCUGUGGACAUUGUUAUAAGUUUAGAAUGCCAAAAAAUUUAUAAUCAGGUGUUUCUUCUUCUAUUACAAAUAAAGUGGGCCAAAUACAGUCUAGAUGUUUUACGAUUUGAUGAAUUGGUUAGUACUGCAGAAAAGCCACCAAUUAAAGAAGGAUUAUUAUUUGAACAAGACUCUGUUGCUCAGUUUGGACCACAAAAGGAACCUGUAAAACAACAAAUUCAUCGAAUGUUUCUCUUGAGAGUGAAACUCAUGCAUUUUGUUAACAGCUUACACAACUACAUCAUGACUAGGAUUCUUCACAGUACAGGUCUGGAGUUUCAGCACCAAGUGGAGGAAGCAAAGGAUUUAGAUCAGCUGAUUAAAAUUCAUUAUAGAUAUUUGUCUACAAUUCAUGAUCGAUGUCUUCUCAGAGAAAAGGUGAGUUUCGUGAAGGAAGCUAUAAUGAAAGUCUUAAAUUUAGUCCUCAUGUUUGCUGAUCGUUGGCAGGCUGGUUUGGGAGCUUGGAAGAUGGAAUCAAUUGAAAAGAUGGAGUCAGAUUUUAAAAACUGUCAUAUGUUUCUUGUAACUGUUUUGAAUAAAGCAGUCUGUAGAGGAUCCUUUCCACAUUGUAAUGGAGUCUCUGGCAUUGUCACUCAUGGCAGGCAUGGAACAGAGUUAAGACAUUUGCAGUCUAGUGAAUACCUCAAAAAGUUUCUCUUGUAGGCUUUAUUUUCUGCAUUAUAUUUAUGUACUUUUAAGGUGUUUUUUUUAAAGAAAUAAUGGUAUCUAUUGUAUAACAGGAUAAAUAUUUUGCUAUUAUUUCCCUUCAGAGAUUAUUAUAAACUAUAUGGAAUUGUGCAUAUAAAAGUAUGUAAAUAAUGUAUAUUAAAUAUGGGGUACUAGUAUUUUAUUUUUUCCUUUUGUAAGCUAUAGAUUCAUGAUAUUGUCUAAAGUAUCCUAAUUAGACCAUAAAGUGAAAUAUUUCAUAUUUUUAAUUGCUUAUUUUUAAAACAGACUUAAGGCACUUUAAAUUCUCAUUUUGCUGCUAUACAUUCAAUAUAGGAUAUUUUUAAUGUAGUCUGAGACAUUUGUUUCCUUGAAGGUUGCUUUGAAUUCAUUUUAACCUUCUCUGAAUUACAUUUAUCCUAUUUUUUUUACAUGAGAGCCAUCACAGGUAAAGACACUGACCAAAAAAAAUUUCAUCUUGUCUAUGUUACAAAUAGAAAAUGCUUAUUAUGCUGUAGUACCAAGCCACUAGAACAUAUCUACUUUUGUUUGCUAUUAAUCAACAACUUGCUUUAACCAGACAAAAUAAAAUGUGAUUACCAUGCAA